GCCACUCUUUCUCACUCCCAUCCUCUCAAGGACCCCGCUACCGCGACUUCCAGAGUCAGCAAUCCCCACACCCGCACUCCUCGCCCAAAAUCAAACGCUUCUCCCCUCCAAAACCCCAACGCCUCGCCGUCGCCGGCCUCGCCUCCGCCGCGGGUUCCGCCAGAAGCGAUGCCCCGGAAGCUGCGGGCGCGCCGCAAGAGCCACGCCCUCGCCGGAGCCGCCCCUAACGCCGACCUCGUCCAUACCCUCUCCGCAUGGGUAUCCAACCCAGCUCAAACCCUCGCUUCGGUGGCGACACAGGGUCGCGACGACACGGAGAAGCGGCGGGUGGUCGGUGUGGUGGUGGCAAAGGGCUGCUUGAAGCGGUCAGUGGGUGGUGCGAGCGGCGGGGGUUCCGGUUCGUCCAAAAAGGUGAGCUUUGUGUUGGAGCCCCAGGUGCGGGUCAUGUCACCAGCUGCUGCCAACACAAGGGGGAGGCGGAAUGGCGGGGAGACCGUUCCUGUUCGUGGUGCAGACGUAGGCGGAGGGAGGCCUUGUCGUCAGACCCGUGUCCAACUUGGUGGUGGUUCUGCUCCAGUGGUAGGGGCACAUGCUCCGGUUAGGCGGUCUAAGAGGAUUGCGAUGAAUUUGGGUGCUGGAGUUGAGCAGCUUACUGCUCCGGCUAAAGCAAUUGCAGCAGCUCCGGCACCUACUGAUUUAGCACCUUCUAACAUAGUUGGAAGUAAUGCUCCCAAGGCUGAGGAAGAAGAUGAGGUAGAAGAAACUGUUGGCAAGACGCGGAACAAGAAGAGAAAGUGCAUGGAUAGUUCUGUGCAUAUGGUUCCUCGUAGAUGCACAAGGUCGAGCGGCCGGCUAUCAGCAGCCCCCUUGGUGUGCUCUCAUGUGCUUGAGAAGAGAGGGCGGAUGAAGGCAACAUAUGUUAAGGAACAGACAUGUGUUGAGGAGCAACGUGCUGAAGAUCAAGACUUAGGUAGAACACUAAAUUCUGGAUUAAUUGCUCUUGAGAGCAAGAGAAGUUGCAGCAAGGUGCAAGAAGAUGAACUUGCUGCGCAAAGGGCCCCUAAGGAGGAAACAUCAGGUAGGGCCACAAGAUCAAGCUCAAUAGCAGCUGCUAUGAUGUCUCCCGUUGUCGUUGAGUACAAGAGGACAAGGAACACAGAAGAUGCACGCUCUGAUGGGGAGAUGCCUGUAAUGGAUGCUCCUGUUCCCGGUGGUUUAAGGAGUAGAGCUGGUCAGGGUGACAAUGGUGUGGUGGAGGAAAAUCACUUUGUCAAGAGACUGGGAAAUAGGAGGGGACCCAGUAAACCAACUACUUGCAUCAACAGGCAUCAACAUCUUGCAUCUUCUAUAGAGGAAGAAUAUCAAGAACAAGUUGUUGCUCCCUUUAAGGCCCGUCCACUGAGGCAAUCUAGGCGAAACCAUUCCGCUGCCAGCGAAUUGCUGUCCGCGCACAAUGCGGCCAAUGACGGCAUAGAGGAUAAUGUGGUGAAGGAAGGCGAACAUUUGGUGUUACUAAGGAAUGGCAGCGCUAAGGAUUGUGCUGGUGCAGAGGAGCAAGUGGCCGAGGUGGUAGUGAGAAAAGGAUGUUUGAAGCAUCCAGGGACUGAUGCGAGCAGUGGCAGCUCCAGUGCUGCCAAAAAGGUGAGAUUUGUGUUGGUGGAGCAGGCAGAAGCAGAGACGGUGGGACUCAGGAGGCCGUGGGUAACAUGGUCCCCGGUUGUUGCCAAGACAAGGGGUAGGCAGAAGGCCAGGGUGACUCUUGCUGGUGCAAAAACAGGCGGAGGAGGGCAUCAGCGGACGAGUGUUGAUGGUGAUUCUGAUGGCGAAGGUGCCGAUGCUGGAGAUGCAGGUUCAGAUGCCCGGUUGAGGUUGUUCAAGAGGAAUGUGGGGAAUUUCGGUGCUGGUGAUGGAGUUGAGAAGGUUGUUGGAGCUGCAAGUCGGGAUACCACCUCCAAGGCUGAUGUCGAAGAUGGGGAUGUAGAAGCAGUUGAUAGGAAGCGAAAGGCCAGCGAGAAUGCUGAGGAUAUAGGGUAUGUUUGGUUGAUGACUAGCAUUGCCACAACUAACCUUAGUCAAAUUUUGUCUGCCACAAAAAGUGUGGCAAACAAAAUGGCCACCAAAAUUGUUGCAAACUUUGGCAAGAAACUGAGUAUAUGACAUGUGGACCAUGGUGUGAUAAAGCGUGGUAAUGGACCAAAUAGAUGCCUAAGGAACUGCGGCAUGACUAAGAUACAGUGUGCCAAUGUUAGUCUACAUACCAAGCAUGCCCAUAUUUGUUAGUGCUCAAGUUAGAGUUCCUCUCGUAGAAGCAAGAUGUUGAGUAUUCUCUUGUCGCCGGCCUCUUUCCUGUGGUCUCUGUCGUUAGGAAGAAAGAGAGGGCAGAUAAAGGCAGGAAUGGGCAGACGGUGUGAAGCAACAAAAUGCGUUGAGGAGUAACCUGUAGGAUUUCUGUAGAAUUCUAAGAUAUGGACUGGGUUUUGGCUGAUCUGAAACCCAUUAAGAUGUUUAUAAUCUGUGAACUCUUUUGGUGAUUUCAGUUCAGGGCAAAUGUUGUAGCCUCUCGGACUAUAUUUAUGAAUGCACUGGUUAUGCACUAACUAGUGUGAUAUCUCUCCAAGAGUCAUGAGUAUUCUCUUGGUGAUUUCAGGGUUGAUGACUAAAUCUUUCUUGAUCAACUUUCUGAAUGUCUGGUUACAGUUUUUGGAGCUUCAAGUCCAUAGCUAUAAUGUAAUAGGUUAGAUUAGUUGCAGCAACUCAAGGCGAAUAUGAUGAUGGUUUGGUAGAGUAUAUUAUAGAUGGUGCGUUCACACAAUAUUCAUCAUCGACACUUGACAGAGGCAGAUCCCACCGCUAACCUCAGCAGCAAUAGUUGCAACCAAACAUGGGCUGAAUGCGAAAGGGACAGCCUGACAGCGCGCACAGUACCCCCACCGCGUGGCGGAAGAUCUCCGCAACUGCUACGACGACAUCUACUCCAACCUCCUCUCCAGCAGCAAGGUGGGACAGCCUCCUCCCUAUCUCUUUCUCCUUUUUUACAUCAUCGUCUAUUUUUUUUCCUUUUUUUCAUCAGCGUCGAUUAGUUCUAUAGUGGAUCCUUGUUGGUGUAUGCAUUCUUCGUGAUGCAUGAUCAAUUUUCUGUUGAUGAUCGGUGUAUGAUUGUGAUAUCAUGUACAGAUCGAGUCUAUAUAUUAUCUAUUGUUUGUGUACUUGGAAGAGGGGUUCCAUUAAGAAAUGCUUGAGCUUUAUUUAGCUUUAAUCAUGUACUUGCUCUUUCCGUAGGACUUAAGACUGGCCUUUUUUGUUCUGUGCGGCCCUGCGUUGUUGCCCUGUUAGCCUGUGCUAAUCACGUAGCGCACUGCGAUUCCCAUUUUCAUAGGAAUUUGCAGAAAAAUAAAAAUUAGGUGAUCAUAUCGAUGUUGUGCAUUUGUAAGGAGUGUGGAUCUAGUAUCAAAGUUCAGAGAAAUGCUGACUGCUGGUUCAUACCACUUAUUUGGUGUAUCUUGUUGCUUAUUAUCUAUGGGUGAUAUUUGCUAACCUUUAUGCUUUAUUAAAGGGGUUUAUGAGCAUAUUCAGUUAGUCGAACGAAAGAAGGAUUAAGGUACUCAAAGAUGUCAGUGGCAUUCUCAAGCCAUGGAAGUAACUGUUCUUGCCAAGCUCAGUCUAGGAUGUUACUGUUAGUUUACAGUUAUACAUGGGAAAAUGUUUUAUCUUUUCAAAUUAGCCAAAUCUCGUGCGCAGUUUACACAGUUUAACAAUUUAACAUUAAUCAAGGCACCAUUUACACGAGAGUUAUAUCUUCCAAUUGCUAUUAAUGUAGUUAUCUUUACUCUUAUAUUUGAAUAUCUGAAAAAAGCAUAACCUUGGUAUUGUUCUUUUGAGCUAUUAAUUGAAUUAAACUGCUUAUGUCAGGUUGACACUUCUUCUCCAACCUCACCCUUAUGCAAGCACUGACUUGGAAGCCUGAUAAAAAUCUCAAGGUUACAUUUUUUGUUCAAGAUUAAUAUACUAACUUCUGAUUAUGUGUGCUUGUUAUGCUAAAUCACCUGAUGACCACGGGUAUCCGGGAAUAUCACAUACUGUCGUCAUACAUUUUCAGAGUUCUAAGUAUUUGCUUAUGGUGGACGAGAAGUUUUUGAGAUUCGUGGUGUUACUUUAUCCAUCACGCUUCAUUAGUGUUUAGUUAUGUGACUGCUUCUAUUAGCAAUAUUUCGUGGGAUAAAACAUUUUGCCGGUAAUUGCUCUGGUCAUGGGAUGUACUCUCAAAAUGCAAGACGGUAUGUAUUUCUACACUAGAUUGUUCUGGGUUAGAACAGGCACAUUAAUAUAUCUGUUCAUUUUCCUUUUUGUGGUCUAUUUUGCAGGGAUGCUCGCUCUGCCUGGUAGCUAUGGGUCCAAAGUGUGCAUAACUCUUGCUAACCUGGACGUACUGUCUUCUAGAAACAGGAUUGUUGGUGUUGAGCUGUUGAUCACUCUAUUGAAUGGAUUGCUGAAAGAGGGCACCGUUUGGAGUCGGUUGAAGACAACGGUGCAUAAAACACAUGGGCCUGCUCUUAAUCUCAGGACGCCAUGGGAGAAAGCGCGUGACCUUCUAGUAUUCUUGAAUACUAGAGAUGAUUCUUUAUUCACCAUGGAAGAUUUGUGCUAAUUAUGCAUACAGAGGUAGAGAUGUAACAGUCGAAUUUGCUCUAUGUUUAAAGUGUAUCAAACCUGACAUUAGCUACUUGCAAAUGUGUGCACAACUGUCAGUUGAUUGACCGAAGCAGCCCUGUUGCAUUAUCUUUUAUAGUUCCAAGUUCUUGUGUUUUAA